ACAUGCUAUUCCAGGGUGAGGGAGAGCAUUUCAAUGUCGGACGAUUUCUCGAGAGCGUAUCUCCUUAUGCAUGGGCGGAUAUGGGCAUAGGGCUUUGUAUUGGCCUGUCAGUUGUUGGUGCCGCAUGGGGAAUCUUCAUUACCGGCUCAUCUAUCCUCGGCGGCGGUGUCAAGGCACCUCGAAUACGAACAAAGAAUCUGAUAUCCAUCAUCUUUUGUGAAGUCGUGGCCAUCUACGGCGUCAUCAUGUCAAUCGUCUUCUCAGCGAAACUCACACCUGUCUCCGGCGAUGCUCUCUAUUCAGCAUCGAACUACUAUACGGGAUACGCUCUAUUCUGGAGUGGCAUAACAGUUGGAGCCUGUAAUCUCGUUUGCGGCGUGUCUGUCGGCAUCAACGGAAGUAGUGCGGCUCUUGCAGAUGCUGCGGAUCCAACACUUUUUGUCAAAAUCCUCGUCAUCGAAAUCUUCAGCUCGGUCCUCGGACUCUUCGGGUUGAUCAUUGGGCUGCUGGUGUCAGGAAAGGCUGCUGACUUCAAAUGAAGUAUGCCAACUGUGGGCAUAUCAUCGGUUACAUUGGCCAGAGAGCUCAAGAAUAUUCAAGCGGAUGUUAUGAAGCUUAGGACGCCAGGGAAUACUCGAAUAUCGAGACUCAUGGUCGUGACAGACAUCCUCGGAUCAUGUAGAUUGCGUUUAGGGAUGACAUUGAGGCAUUGUGCUUGCACGGCGUUCUUCGGACUUAGCAGUCACGGUGGAUCUGGACAUGAAAGCGGUAGCGGAUAUGGCAUGUACACUUAAUGUAAACUUUAUAUUCAUUUCUCC